UUGGUUGUGGGCAGCCGGCCGAGCGUUUUUUCCCUGCAGGAGGCUCUUCUCUGGUGGUCGCGGCGCGCCCCUGAGGUUAGAGGCUGGUGAGCGUCGGCGACCAAGAUGACCCAGGCUGAGAAAGGGGACGCCGAGAACGGGAAGGAGAAGGGCGGGGAGAAGGAGAAGGAGCAGCGCGGAGUGAAACGACCCAUUGUGCCCGCGCUGGUGCCGGAGUCGCUGCAGGAGGUUCAACAACUCUAAGGAUCGGUCGAGCCACAGACACACUUCCUGCCAGCAUUCCUCAUGUCAUUGCACGAAGACACAAACAACAAGGGCAGCCCCUGUACAAGGACAACUGGCUUCUAAGGGAGGGAUUAAAUAAACCUGAAAGUAAUGAACAAAGACAAAAUGGCCUUAAAAUGGUGGAUCAAGCAAUAUGGUCUAAAAAGAUGUCAAAUGGUACACGAAGGAUCCCUGUGUCCCCUGAGCAGGCACGCUCCUACAACAAGCAGAUGCGACCCGCGAUUUUAGAUCACUGUUCUGGAAAUAAGUGGACGAACACAUCUCAUCAUCCUGAGUUUCUGGUAGGAGAAGAGGCCUUGUAUGUCAAUCCAUUGGACUGUUACAAUAUUCACUGGCCUAUCAGAAGAGGUCAGUUAAAUAUUCACCCAGGACCUGGGGGCUCCCUUACAGCUGUUCUGGCAGAUAUUGAAGUAAUAUGGUCUCAUGCAAUACAAAAAUACUUGGAAAUCCCCCUGAAAGAUUUAAAGUAUUAUAGAUGUAUCUUGUUAAUUCCUGAUAUCUAUAAUAAACAGCAUGUGAAAGAAUUAGUGAAUAUGAUCCUAAUGAAGAUGGGUUUUUCAGGGAUUGUGGUCCAUCAGGAGUCUGUGUGCGCCACCUUUGGAAGUGGUUUAAGCAGCACGUGUAUCGUAGAUGUUGGAGACCAGAAGACAAGCGUGUGCUGUGUGGAGGAUGGGGUCUCCCAUCGGAACACUCGGCUCUGUCUGGCAUAUGGUGGAUCUGACGUGUCGAGAUGUUUUUACUGGCUGAUGCAGCGAGCUGGGUUUCCUUACAGAGAAUGCCAGUUAACAAAUAAAAUGGAUUGCCUUCUUCUGCAGCACCUUAAAGAAACUUUUUGUCAUUUAGAUCAGGACAUCUCUGGCCUUCAGGACCAUGAGUUUCAGAUUCGACAUCCAGAUUCCCCUGCCCUCCUUUACCAGUUUCGAUUAGGAGAUGAAAAACUCCAGGCUCCGAUGGCUUUAUUUUAUCCAGCAACUUUUGGAAUUGUUGGACAGAAAAUGACAACUUUGCAGCACAGAUCCCAGGGUGACCCUGAGGAUCCUCAUGAUGAACAUUACCUGCUGGCCACGCAGAGCAAGCAAGAACAGUCUGCAAAAGCUACUGCUGAUCGAAAGUCUGCAUCUAAACCCAUUGGAUUUGAAGGGGAUCUUCGUGGCCAGUCCUCUGAUCUUCCAGAAAGACUGCAUUCCCAGGAGGUGGAUUUGGGGUCCUCACAGGGAGACUGCUUGAUGGCUGGCAAUGAUUCUGAGGAGGCUCUCACUGCACUGAUGUCCAGGAAGACAGCCAUUUCACUGUUUGAAGGGAAAGCUCUGGGCCUGGAUAAAGCCAUCCUUCAUAGCAUAGACUGUUGUUCAUCUGAUGAUACCAAAAAGAAGAUGUACAGCUCCAUCCUGGUGGUGGGAGGUGGUUUGAUGUUUCAUAAAGCUCAAGAAUUUCUGCAGCACAGAAUUCUCAAUAAAAUGCCACCUUCAUUCAGGCGAAUUAUUGAAAAUGUGGAUGUGAUCACGAGACCGAAGGACAUGGAUCCCCGGCUGAUUGCAUGGAAAGGAGGGGCAGUGUUGGCUUGUUUGGAUACGACACAGGAACUGUGGAUUUAUCAGAGAGAAUGGCAGCGUUUUGGUGUCCGCAUGCUACGAGAGCGAGCUGCUUUUGUGUGGUGAAAUGGACAGAACAGUCACUGUUGAAGACCAAAAACACCAAAAACAUGCCUCGUGGUAUAAAAGACUCUUAUAGAAUAUUUGUAUUCUAAUUUAUUGACCUAGUGCAUAAGAUUCAUGAAAAUUUUAACUUUAUUUUAAUGAAUUUUAACUUCUAUGUGAGGACAUGACAUUGGUGUAAAAACUGAGCUGCUUUUGUAGUCAGGACAAUUGAGAAUAAAUAUUAACUCCAGUGGUAAACUCUGCGCCUUUCUCAGGGUCUCAAACUUCAGAUGAUGUAAAAUGCUGCAGUAGAGCAGUUCUCAGUGGUGAAAUCUUUCAUAUAGGUUGCCUUCAGAGUGUCAUCAGGCAGUCUCAUGUGAUGGUGAGGGUUGGGUGUGUGAUUGUGUACCCAAAUUGUGAGCAAUGUCUGGUUACGAAUUUUCUCUCGUCUAGUACAACAAGCACUUACGUCAUGACUCUUGUGUGCUGCUGGAAUUCCAGAUAGGAAGAGAAGCUGCUUUUUAAAAAAAUUUUCAUUUUCUCUUGGAUUACAAAAAAGUUUGGGGCCCAUUCAGGUCUAGAUUUUCAGAGGCAAAGAUUUAAGUCUGGGCUGGCUGGCUUUUGUUACCAGCAUGAGCUGGGGUGGGCUUGGGAAGGAGAACAAUCAUUAUUUGACCCGAAUGGAACAAAAAAAAAUGGAACACAUAAAAGAAAACUCAUUUUCUUCCUAAAGCCAAGUAGAAAUGAUUUUUGUAUAAUUUAGACUUGUUAAUGUGUCAUACAGAAAAGCAAGGUGACUGUUGCAAUUACUAACUUAAUCAUUAGGUCCCCAAUUUUCCUUUAUCUGAAAAUGAAGUGAAAGUUUUUGGAGUUCUUUUUGUUCAGUAUGAUCAGUUGACCUUAAUCUGUGAGCCGUCUGAACUAAAGUUUAAAUACAGACAGCUGUUACCACCAGUGGUCCAGGCCUUGGUCCAGCCUUUUGAGCCUCUGGCCAGAGAAAAGGAAGGAGGUUUGGAGACAGCAGCCAGCGAGCACAGCCUGGGGGCUCAGACACCUGGGAGGAUGCAGAGGAUACGUGAUUCCUGCCACUGUCUGCUAGGCACCUUCUCGCUCCCAAGAAUGGGAGUGGGGUAAGAUGAAUGUAGGUGCAAAUAAGAGAUGCAGGUGAAGGGGAAUAUAGAAAAAAUAAGGAUGGUGAGAGGUUUAAGGUUUAGGACAUGGAAAAAUGCUGGCACUGGAACAUUUUACAUAAAUCAUCCUAAGGAUCUGCUCAGUAGGUCGGAAACGAAGAAUCUGCCAGUGUAAUAGAAUUUUUACGUGCUAGUACUACUUGGGAUGUUUGCCUUCAAUUUGAAAAUUGUUUUGCUGUUUUUUGUUUUUAGGUUUUUAACAAAAUAAUUAAAUUUAUACAAUACUGAUUUUA